AUGACAUGGGACAGCAUAUCGCUGCCGAGUACUCCUCCUCAACCGACCUUGAACACAGCUGCAUUAUCUUCUUCAACAGAAGGUGUUGUACCACCCUUACAUGGCUUCUCGAAGGCCAUUCUCGGCUCUGAUUUGUUCUCUCCAACAAACGAUGAAUCCUUCGAUGACACUGCAGACUUUGAAACCUUCCUUCGCGAGACGGAAGGCAUUGGUUCUUCUAACACAGCAUCGACUUUGACCUUGGCAUCAAUGUCGACUGCGCCCGAGACUCGUCCAGAAUCUUCCUCAUCUGAUACAUCCGCUCACCGAACGCCAAAGCGAAUCAUCCGCGGCAUUUUCCCUCCAGCCUUGAAAUCAAAUUCGCCAAUUCCAGGUCUCACAUCCUCGAUCUGCCUGCGCACGCUCUUCUGUCUUGGAGAAGCCUUGAACGUAGGUUGUCAAGCCGCUCGUGAUAACCAGGACAUACUCCUCGAAUUCUACUGCCGAGUCAUGUCAUCUCAUCGCGAAGACACCACUCAAUACUUCGUGCUUGCUGAUCUCACUAAUGACAAUCCACCUUUUGUCAAUGCUACUUUUGCGUCUUAG